AUGAACUAUCCAAGAUUAUUAAUAUUUUCUAUAAUAUCUACAGUUUCCUGUUGUGUGUUUCUCUUCAUAAAUGGCACCAUGUUGUUCACUUUGAGGAGUAAACCGGUGUUUCGAGAGACUUGCCGUUUUAUUCUCCUCUUUAAUCUCCUUCUCGGAGACACUGUUCAGUUGGCACACAGUCAAAUUCAUUUCCUAUUCACUGUUUGCAGAGUUAAGCUUGUGUUUUCUAUAUGCAUUGCUCUCAACAUGAUUGUGAAUCUUACCAGUGGGAUUUCUCCUCUCACUCUGGUGUUGAUGCCGUUGGAGCAGUAUGUGGCUGUGUGUUACCCACUGAGGCACGCUUCCAUCAUCACAGUCAGAAACACAGCAGCUGCAGUCAUUGCCGUUUGGGCCGUCAGUUCAUUCAACAGCCUGACUCGAGUUUUGCUGUUUUUGAAGUUUCCCUUAAAAAAGAUGGAAGUUUAUGAUGUCUGCACUAACAUUGUUUUAGUUCUGGGGGUUAUGACAGCAGAAUACGACAGAGCGUACACUUGUGUGUUGUUUGUAUCUGCAGGUCUGGCAGUUAUUUCUUCCUAUGUGGGGGUGAUAGUAGCUGCCAAGUCGGCGUCCACAGACAAAGCUUUAGCUCGUAAGGCUCGUCACACUCUGCUGCUGCAUCUGGUGCAGCUGGGACUCAGUCUGUCCUCGACCCUUUACAACCCACUGAUGGUUGGUCUUUCCAAAAUACUAACAAAUGUGGUAUUUUUAUGGUUUCAGAGUACUUUUUACAUCUUAUUUAUAACAUUUCCGAGAUGUAUGACCUCUCUGAUUUAUGGGCUCAGAGAUCAGACCAUCAGGCCUGUUCUCCUGUACCAUCUGAACAAUAAAAUUAGAUUUAGAGGCUGAGUAUAAAGUACAAUGACUUAAAACUGAAAACUUAGUGAAGCUGGUGUCUCAGGAAUGAUUUAACAAUUUAUUUGUAGAGAUUAAGAUGAUGUGGAGGGGAGAAAUCGGUUUCUUAUGUUUUGAAAUACAGUGUUGGAUGAGUUUUCAGAGUAAACAAGGCUGUGUGAGGAGCUUUGGUGAUUAGUGGUGAUGAGAGGAAAAUCCAUUUAUUAGAUAUGAUAAUCUAAGUAAGGUAAUCCAGAUCCAACAAUGAAGGUCCAAAGUCCAGGUCCAAAAACAGAAGAAAGAGCAGCAACAGGACAUUAAAGACUACAGUGAAUUGGCAGAAAGGUUUAGUGAAGCAGAUGAAUAUAUGUAAUGCAGA